AUGUCUUCCUUCAAAAUUUCUACUUUUCUUAUUGUUGUCUUAGCCGUUAUUCCCGUAUUGUACGGCCAAGAUAUAGCAUUAGAUGAAAACAAUAUGGACGAAGUCAUGGCCACGGGAACUAUGGAACCGCCAAUGUCAUCUGCUACGCAUAGUCACCCGACAACAGCCCCUAAACAUCCAACACCUACCCCUACAUUGUCGAAAGGAAAUUAUACCUUGAAAGACCGUGACGGUAAAAUUUGCUUUAGGGCCAUCUUUGAGACAACCUUUAAAGUCAUGUAUCUCGCUAAAGGGUCUAGCAAGAAAAUUGCGUCCUUUGAUUUACCGCCAAACCAUGCUUACCGUGGUGUCUGUUCUAGCAAAAUGAUUCAUUUCUGGAUCACUUGGAAACCUGCCUAUGUUCUCAAUAUGACUUUUAUCGAAAAAGCUGUUAAUGGCACUAUUCAACCAAAUAGCGAAAUAGAUGAAAUGAAGGAGAACCAAGCUUGGGAGUUAGAAAAUAUCAAAUUCACUUAUGAUACUCAUGAUAACAAGAAUUUCCCCAAUGCAAUGAAACCCGCUAAGAGCAUUGUCUACUCCAACGCUACUGCCGUAUUCUUCCGUACACCAGUAAACGAAUCCUACACAUGUGUAUCCAAAUCAGUUAUACCAAUGUACGACAUGGGUGGUAUGAAAGUGAUGGCUAAUGUUACAAUUUCGAAAGCCAAGAUUCAGCCAUUUGCCCAAAAGUAUGGAGCAGAAUUUACUUGUGCUAGCGACUUAGCCAAGAAUAAUGUUGUCCCUAUUGCUGUCGGUGCCGCUUUGGCUGGAUUACUACUGAUCGUUAUAGUUGCUUACUUUAUUGGACGCCGAAAUGCUAGGGCUGGUUACGAGUCUGUGUAAAUUGUUUACCCAGUCAAAGGAAUCCAUUUUAUUUGUAGGAAAAGCGUUACUUAUUAUUUUGUUCACUUUUACGUCUUGCUGUAAUAUUCAAAUGGUUAUUGCUGCGAACAACACAUUUGUGAACAUAAUGAAAUGAAUAUGUACGAACUACUUUUUGCGAUUUGUAAUCACGUACAAGUUAGUCAUUUAUUUGUUGCUAUAACAAGCUGUAUCUUAAUCGUAUCGAAUCAUCGUGAUUUACUUGUCUGCAGUGACUGUACUUCAAAUUCUUUAGUAGCAUAAGUAGUAUUUACACCAAGUAACAUAGAUAAUGCAAUGAUAUUGUCGUUAGAACUGUAUAAGUCAAGUUUAUUAUCUGUACACUAUAGACUUAAUAAUCUUAAAUUCUUACUUUUGAUUUAACCAUUAUUUGUUAUAUUAGUAGCUAUAUCUUUGAAAGGAUCUUUCAACAGCCUAUGCUGUUUAUGAAUUUAUAUUUGGGCAAUUUUGACUCACAAGUAUUCCUAUGUAGUAUUAUAAGUGAACAAACAAUAUACUAACUGUACAAUGAAC